CCCGCAUAAUCAACAUCAACCAGUUUAAUUUUCUCAUAUGCAUGACCGAAAACCGGCUAAUUGUUUUUUCCUUCCCUUCCGUGGACGAGGAAAUUGACAAACAGAAUUCUUGCAUUCACUGCUUUUUGACUUACCAUUUGGUUACCAUUGUUGGAUCCAUUUCUCUAGUAACCCUCGUGAUGUUCCAGCAUACAUCAAUGUCUUAUGUGCGCACGAAAUGGAUUUUCCAACGUCUUCAUUUCAUAUGGGUAUGUUUUUGUUUCACAUUUGCUCACUCUUAAAACCCCAAGGAAAUCAGAUCACAUCAGAAUAAAAUAGUAACCGUGACCACUGAUAUUUAAUCUUCAUUUCCCCAAAAAUUAUCACUGGCACAUUGUGCUAUCUUCUGCUACUAAGAACUCUGGGCAUUUUUCUUCUUUUAAAAUUUUUUUUAAUUUAAUUUUUAUUUUUUAAUUUUUUAAUUUUUUUUGUCAGGCACUAAAAUACCAUGUUCCUACCUUCCACGUUAACAUGGGUAUGUGGUUGAAUUGGGAGUUAAAAAAAUUAUUUUCUAAUGUUUUUUUUACUUUAUAGCAUUAAAAUGCCUAUUUUUACACAAAAAAAAAAAAAAAAAAAAAAAAAAAAAAAAAAAAAAAGAAGAAAAAAAAAAACUUUUACACAAAUUAUACAUCUCAUACAGAAUACAUUCUCCAUCCAAAUAUUUAAUAUUUAAAAACUUUUUUAUUUAAUAUUUAAAAAACUUUCAUUAUGAAGCUACUAGUGGUAUUUUCUAUUUAAUCCAGUUACUUUAUCAUAAAACUGUCCCUGCAGAACCGGUAACAAGUUAAAAACCCACCAAAUUUGAAAACCCUCAACGUCCCUCCUACUUGAUUCGAGAAGCAAACCCAAAUUUGUUCCCUUUCCCUCUUCCUCUUCCUUUUCCAUUUCCAAAACCACACCAAAUGACUUCCAAAUUUCAACGGAAAAAACCACAACAACAACAGAAAAAACAAUGGUCAUUACAAGACUUCGAGAUCGGAAAACCCCUCGGCAAGGGCAAAUUCGGUCGCGUCUAUCUCGCCCGUGAAUCAAAGAGCAAGUACAUAGUGGCGUUGAAGAUGAUAUUCAAAGAGCAGAUCGAGAAGUACAGAUUGCAUAACCAGUUGAGGAGAGAGAUGGAAAUUCAGACCAGUCUCCGUCACCCGAACGUUCUGCGACUCUACGGUUGGUUUCAUGACGAUGAUCGAAUCUACCUCAUCUUGGAGUAUGCUCACGGUGGUGAGCUUUAUAGACUUCUCAGAAAAACUGGUCAUCUUACUGAGAAACAUGCCGCCACUUACAUUGCGAGCAUUGCACAGGCUUUGGUAUAUUGUCAUGAGAAGGAUGUGAUCCACAGGGAUAUUAAGCCAGAAAACUUGUUACUUGAUCAUGAGGGUCGACUAAAGAUAGCAGAUUUUGGAUGGUCAGUACAGUCAAGAAGCAAGAGGCACACCAUGUGUGGAACUUUGGAUUAUCUAGCACCGGAAAUGGUUGAAAACAAAGCUCAUGACUAUGCAGUCGAUAAUUGGACUUUGGGUGUCCUCUGUUAUGAGUUUUUGUAUGGUGUCCCUCCUUUUGAGGCUGAAAGUCAGAAGGAUACAUUCAGAAGGAUUAUGAAGGUUGACCUCAGCUUCCCCUCCACCCCUUGUAUUUCUACAGAGGCUAAAAAUCUCAUUAGCCGGCUUCUAGUGAAGGACUCUUCAAAAAGGCUCUCCCUUCAUAAAAUCAUGGAGCACCCUUGGAUAAUUAAGAAUGCUAAUCCCACUGGUACCUGCUCUGAAUAGCAAUUUUAAUUUCUGGCCCAACUCUUUCAUAAGAGUCAGCAUAGUUGAAUGUAUAUGUCCAAUAUCGUAGUGGUAAGUUCGGAUCCUCUACAGUAACAGAUGCCACACGUGUGACCGUGUGAGUGAUCAUGUCCAUCCACUGCAGUACAGCACGGUGCUGUUACCACAGAGGAUCUUCUCACUGUAGUACCAAUAAUUUGCCAAGUUAAGCAUAAUCUUGUAGCCUUCAAUCUCUUGUCAUGAUUUUUACUCUGCACAAAGAUCAUGUCGAACAUUGACAUGAUUCUGAUUCAACCAAGAAUGUUUUGUAUCAUAGAGUAUUAAUUAUUUGCACAUGCAACCUUGAUAGUUUGCUCCAAGCUGUUCAUGGUUGGCUGAGAAUUAUAGAUUUGCAUUUAUAGAACCAAAAUAUAUUUGCAGAUUUUAUGGGGCUACACAGACAUGGAGAAACAUUAAGUACUGU